GGCAACUUACAAGAAUCUAUGCACAUUAAAAUAUGCACGGAAGACAUAAUGACAGUCAUUUUAAUUCUACUUCAAUAAAGGCACGUACUCCACAUACACACAAUAUUACAACGCCCGUUCAUAAUAUCAUUGCUAAAAAAUGUCACGUAAGUUAAGGAAAAUGACAACACCAUAGGGGUACAUGUCAUGGCUAGACAUACCUUUGCAAAUAAAGUAACAAAUGCAAAGACCAACGACAAUAUCCAACAACAAAGGCAUUUGAACGCCCGAUUCACGUGGCAAACGCAACCAGUCUAUGGCAACGCGACGACUAUUAAGUGGGGGAUAAAACAAUCGACCUCCUAUAUAUACACAACGCGCAAACCACAGCUCGCUCACUCUCGCUCUAUUCUUCACGCUCGUCGGAUCCAGCAGCAGCAUCAUACGAUGCACUGUGUCGGUGCAGUGCAUCAUCACAAUCAACAAGGCACACCACGUCCACGCAGCUCGUCUCAAGAAAACGUGAAUUUCGUUUUGAUAUAAUUUCUUUCUUUUUUAAUGAAGUUAAUUAAAUUAUUGCGUUUAUUCUAACACCAGGUAUGAAUUCACAUUAGUUUAUUCUCCCCAUUAUUUCGCCACUAAAAACUUGUUUAAAUUUAUUGCACUGCCUUAGAGAUCUUUAAUUAAAAUCAUCCUAUAAUUUUCCCAUAUUAAAAAGUAGGGACUCAAAUAAAAUAUUUUUAAUAACUCGAUCCAUUUAGUCACUAUUAUAGCCACCCGACCAAUAUUAGGCGCCGCUUGACAGUUCAUUGUUUAUAACGAACUCUGGGCUUUCAAAGUGUAUUUGCAGUUCUACGUUUUUUGAUCAUAGGAGUCUGGAACAGGUGGAAUAACGCCACAACCAAUUCCUUGUCUCAUAAGAAAACCGAACCUCAAACAUAUAGGCGAAAUCGAGGCCCAAACUCAAAACACAACGUCGACCACAGUAAACGAAUAAAUCACUAUAAAGGUGUUCUAACACCAACAUGAGCACAGAGUGCAAAUAAUAAAAAAAAUAAUCAUAGUGACUAAUUCUAUUCCUUAAUUCCGAUCCAUUCACCGCAUUAAAGUUUUCUAAGUGUCAUUAAAGUAAGAAAAGAAAACGUAGCUAUAUUCCACCACAAAGGCUAAAAGUAAACGCACUGUAUUUAGAGAAAAGAACGUAGUAUCGUAAAAAUCGUAAAGUAAUAGUAAUGCGUAUCGACCCACACCUACCAGAGACGUUACCACCACCACAACAAGGAUCCACAUCAAUACAAGUCAUGAACGAUGAGAUGUUGAUUGAGGAAGUACGCCAAUAUCAAGAACUGUAUGAUAUGACGCAUAAAAAUUAUAGCGACAACAUUCACAAAGAUAAUAUCUGGAGAAAAAUUGGUAGUGAAUUGAAAACAACAGGCCCAGCGUGCAAGAAUAGAUGGAUCUCAUUACGUGACCAGCUGAGAAAAGCAAUGAGAAAAAAUAUUACAAAAAGUGGACAAGCCGCUGAACUUAAAAAGAAGUGGAAGUAUGAAGAUUCAAUGUCAUUUAUAAUUCCAUUUUUUAAAGAAAGAGAAACACAAACCAACAUAGCAGAACCUGAUAGCUUGAGUGACGGAUCGAAUGAUGAACACGAAGGUAUGGAGAGCGUUGUUAUUACUGGGGAUACUUCAGAACAAAAUUCUAAUAACAACAUAAAUCAGAAAUCUACAGCAUCUCCAAAAAAAAGUUCAUCUAGGUAUUUGCUAAACAAAAGAAAAUUUGAAAAAACAGAGACAGCUUCAUCUGUACUAAUGAAAUAUUUAGUAGAAAGUGAUAAGCAAGAAACAAAAGCCACUGCUAAUGAUCAUCCAAUAGACAUAUUUUUCAAUAGUCUAGCCGCUACUGUAAAAACUUUUUCACCCGAGUACCAGCAUAUGGCAAAGUCAAAACUUUUCAAUGUUGUAUCCGAACUAGAGUGGGCACAUUUACAAAGUAAGAAUACAAAUUACCAAGUGCCAACAUCAAUGAAUUUUCCAGCUCCAGACAACAGGUCAAAUAUACACCCAAUACCAUUUAUUCAAACUCAAAACAUCCAACAAGCAGUCCAUCCACAACAACAAAUUUAUGAAAUUUCACGUGCGUCAAACUCAUCUACUCCAAAUGAUUCAUUUAUGUUUAGUCACACUCAAACACCUUCAUCUGUAAGUUCCGGAAGGUCAUCUGCACAAUCUUAUUUUGAAAAUUUUCAGCCAAAUUAA